AUUUCAUUACAUUUAUUUAAUAUGUGUUUCCAAUAAUCUAUUUAUGUUUGACUUCUUAGAAGUUGUGUCCAAAAGUCUAUGAAAGAAGUCUAUUGUAAAGUAAAUCAAAAAUACUGAAAAUUCUUGUGAAUAAAUAGUGUGCUCUUAUUUUUUGAUGAAAAUACUGUACGCAUAGAAAAACCAUUAAUAGAUUAAUAACCAUGUACUUCGGGCUUUUCUGGGGUUGAAGUGAAACCACUAUUUUGUAGAAUACAAGCGAUCCGAUUGUCAAUUGUAAUUAACUGUAAUUAUGGUUAAAUUAACGCGAAUGGAGAGUGAAUUACACGCCAGGGAUCGGGUGGGCGUCGAGGACUUUGUCCUUUUGGAGAACUAUACGGAUCCCAACGCUUUCAUCGAUAAUCUUAGAAAGCGAUUCAAUGAAGACCUCAUUUACACAUUUAUCGGACAAGUUUUGGUUUCAGUUAAUCCGUACAAGAAUUUGAACAUUUAUUCCAACGAAACGAUUGAAAAUUACCGAAAUGUCAAUUUAUACGAAUUACCGCCUCAUAUUUUUGCCAUUUCUGACGUCUCUUAUCGUCUGAUGAGAGAGGAAUCCAGAGAUCAAUGUAUUCUCAUCUCUGGUGAAAGUGGUUCCGGAAAGACAGAGGCGUCCAAAAAGAUACUCCAGUAUUUGGCGGCCGCCAGUCAUCACAACCCGACCGUCGAGUCCGUCAAAGACAAACUCCUUCUCUCGAAUCCAGUAUUAGAAGCGUUCGGAAACGCGAAGACAAACAGAAAUGACAACUCGAGUCGUUUCGGCAAAUAUAUGGACAUUGAGUUCGAUUACAUGGGCUCUCCAUUGGGCGGACACAUCAAUAACUACUUGUUAGAAAAGUCUCGAGUUAUCCAUCAGAAUAAAGGCGAACGAAAUUUCCAUAUAUUUUACGAGUUAUUGAACGGCGCCGACGACCAGACACUCACACAGCUCUUCCUAANGGACAUUGAGUUCGAUUACAUGGGCUCUCCAUUGGGCGGACACAUCAAUAACUACUUGUUAGAAAAGUCUCGAGUUAUCCAUCAGAAUAAAGGCGAACGAAAUUUCCAUAUAUUUUACGAGUUAUUGAACGGCGCCGACGACCAGACACUCACACAGCUCUUCCUAAAACGUGAUCCUCAGAGCUAUUUCUAUCUAAAUCAAGGCGACAGCGAAGAGCUCUCCGGAAUCGAUGACUCCAAACAGUAUAAUGUGGUUAAGAGUGCUUUCAAAACGUUUGGCUUUGGUGUCAAUGAGGAGACAACCAUCCUAUCGAUUGUCGCAUCGGUUCUUCAUAUGGGAAACACUGGCUUUUACGAAGAGAAUGGCGAGGCUGUGAUCGCUCAGCUCAAGACAGUGUCCCAUAUUUGCAAUCUAUUGCAAUGUAAGGAAGACCUGUUGCAACACGCGUUCACUAACCGGACCAUUGAGGCCAGGGGUGAGUUCGUGAGCACUCCGUUGACCAGAGAUCAGGCCAUCUAUGCGAGGGAUGCGUUGGCAAAGGCUGUAUACGAUAGACUCUUCUCGUGGUUAGUGAGCAAAUUGAAUGAAUCGCUUGAAUCGCGCGGACAUAAAACCAGAAAGACAUUAAUGGGUUUACUAGAUAUCUAUGGCUUCGAGAUAUUCGAGAGGAAUAGUUUUGAACAGUUUUGCAUCAAUUAUUGCAAUGAAAAACUGCAGCAACUAUUCAUUGAACUGACCCUCAAGUCUGAACAGGAAGAGUAUCGGCGCGAGAAGAUUGAGUGGGAACCGAUCGAGUAUUUCAAUAAUCGCAUCAUUUGUGAUCUCAUUGAAGAGCGACACAAAGGAAUUAUUGCUCUUUUGGACGAGGAAUGUCUGCGCCCGGGAGACGCCAGCGAUAACACAUUUUUACAGAAACUUGAGCUUAUUGUGGGAACUCAUCCACACUUUUGUAGCCAUAAUAUUGCGGACAAUAAAACGAAAAAAAUACUCGAAAGAGAUCAAUUCCGACUCAAACACUAUGCGGGAGAAGUGGUGUAUAAUAUCGACGGCUUUCUGGACAAAAACAAUGACUUACUUUAUCGCGAUUUGAAGCGAGCGAUGUGUUCGUCGAGUAAUCCAAUUAUACAACAGGUGUUCCCACAGAAUGAGGUGAACAGUAAGAAGCGGCCGCUCACUGCUGGCACACAAUUCAAGAACAGUUUGGCUAAAUUGAUGACCACGUUGUUGACGAAAGAGCCCUGGUAUGUUCGUUGUAUUAAACCCAAUGAUAACAAAAUGUCCCACAACUUCGACGAGGGAGUGGUCACACAUCAGGUCAAGUAUUUGGGUCUCAUUGAGAACCUGAGAGUGAGACGCGCCGGCUUUGCCUACAGGCGGCCGUACGAGGCGUUCCUCCAUCGGUACAAGAGUUUGUGUCCGCAAACGUGGCCUCACUUUCACGGCACGGCUAAACAGGGCGUUCAAGUAUUGGUCAACUACUUAAGCUUCGAGACCGAUGAGUACCGAAUGGGCGAAACAAAACUUUUCAUACGAUUUCCGCGAACUCUGUUCGACACGGAAGACGCCUUCCAAGAAAGGAAACACGGAUUGGCGGCUAUUAUACAGUCGAGGGUUAAGGGAAGGCAACAGCGAAAGCGUUUCUUGGAAAUGAAAAGUGCGGUCACUUUGUUGGCCAGCCAUUGGCGUAAAGUUCUUGCCAUUAAAUUGUUAGCCAAACGCCGAAUGGCCGCUCAUAUGGUCCGUACGUUCAUUAAGGGAUUCAUUACUCGCAAUGAACCCGAAAAUGAUUGCAAUCGAGCCUUUGUGAGGAGUGUUAGAGCAGAAUGGCUGAAACGAUUGUCCAAACAGUUGCCAAAAUCUGUGUUAAUCAAAGAGUGGCCGCAAUCACCAAAAUGUUGUCGUGAAACGUCAGAAUUGCUGAAAGGAUUGCAUCAGAGAUGGCUCGUCAGGAAAUACGUGCGAAGUAUUACUCCGGAGAGGAAACGUCUAAUGGACGAGAAAGUUGUCGCCGAAGAGCUGUUCCGUAACAAGAAAGCCAGUUAUCCCUCAAACAACGAGUUGGAAACACUUCGCAGAAAUAUCUUCGAGACUAAGUUUAAACGAAGCGAUGAGAAGACCAUUUACUGUCUGCAAGUGAUUAAAUACGAUCGACACGGAUAUAAGCAAAGACCCAGAAUAUUAUUGCUGACCAAUAGUGCCAUUUAUUUGCUCAAUGAGAAGGACAUGAAACCCAAACAUCGCUUACCCUAUAAGAGCAUCGUUGAAGUGACGGCCAGUGACCUAAACGAUGGUCUUUUGGUUAUCAAAAUUCCUGCCGAUUUAAAACAAGAUAAAGGUGAUUUAAUUCUUGAUUGUCGGACACAUCUGAUCGAAGCGGUGACCAAAAUCAUGAUAAUGACUAAAGAUCACGAAAAGCUUAAUAUUGUGAGCACUGGAAGUCAUGCGACUAUUGAUGGAAAAGUGAACCAAAUCUCGUUCACAAAGGGACACAUGAAUGGCAUCAUUAAACGAAAGGACGGCAUAUUAGAAGUG